AAUAUUUAAUAAUGAUGAGAGUUUCCUGGAAAGGCUCUUAGAUGUUUGAAUACUUGAAAGAUCUAGACAUACAGCUUCAACACUAACACAAAGAAAGUUAGACUAAAUGCACCCCACCUUCCGCAAACGCUCUGAGACCAACAAGACCCGCCAACCCACCCAAUGCUCUCGUCAUGUCCAACAAACACGCGCUUCACUAGCUAACGAUGAGAUGGCAAACAAUGUCUGAACAUUACAUUUCAGAAAGCAUCAUUACCAGCUAUAGAAUAAUUUGUUAAUCUAAUAAUCAUCUUGAGCAUCACGCCACACACACACACACACUCUCUCUCUCUCUCUCUUCUUUACGGAGACGUCACAUGACUCUUCAUAUCUUUGAUAUUGCAUUUGGUCGAUGACUCUUUUAAGCUGGUUGCUACAGUCAUAUACCUUCCACUCAAUCUUCUACCCUGGAUUUGAAUUCCAGAUUUGAUUUCGAACAUCCGUACAGAAGAAACUGCGACAGUGAGCACUUCUCAAUACGUAUCCAAGAAAAUACUGUCUUUUAUUAUGACGAGAGUUGCAAUUAAGCCAGGCUCGCCUGUCGAGGAAAGGCUAAUAAAGAAUGAAGAUUCUGGAGAUGAAACCCUGCAACUGAAUUUACCGGAUAUCGCAGAAGAUAGUAUUUUUGAUGACGUAGAUGUCGAAGACGAAGAGUCUGAAUACGUGGAUGGCAAUUUUGAAGGUUUGGUGUUCAUCAAUGGUAUUGAACACUUUGUUUGUCCAGGGUUUAAGAUCCGACAACUUCCUACACCAAUGAUCGUCAAAAGGUCUUUAAGAAUGCUCUAUAAUACCAUCGUCAAGGGGAAUCUCGUAUUAGAUCCAAACUAUCAGAGAGCUAGUGUAUGGGACGAAGGGCGUGCUUCGACUCUUAUUACUUCAGUGUUGAUGGGAUACUUCAUUCCUCCAAUCGUUCUCAAUGUCCAAACAGUAAUCAACAAAUUGAAGGACGACCGGAAAGAGGUAAAGCACAUGCGGAUCUGUGUUGAUGGAAAACAACGCUUGACAUCGCUUUUUAAGUUUAUGAGCGGAGAGAUCGGAUUUUUGGACAAUUCACACCCGCCAAAAAAAUGGUACUAUUGUCAUCCAACUAUCAACGGUGUAUUGACACCGAGUAGCAACAGAAACAUUUGUCCAGAUGGAUUGAAGAAGUUUUUCGACGACAAGGUCUUCUGUUGCUAUGAGUACGACCAUUUGACACAAGAGACUGAAGAGACUAUGUUCCAGCUUGUCCAGCGGGGAAUUGCUUUAUCGCCAGCUGAGAAAAUGAGAGCAAUGUCCACUGAGUGGGCUAGAUUCACUCGCAUAUAUGAGGAUGAUUAUGCCAUGGUGAUCAACUUAUCGAAGCAAAGUCGUGCAUCAGGUUUUCGUCUUAUUCUCACUAUAUUUACUAUGAUUCAAGAAGUUCUUUCUGGACCAGCCAACGGUCGAAGGAGGAAAUCUGUGCCCUCACUGCAAGCUAGUCCCCAAGCACUUAUGCGUGUCCUAGAAGAUCCAGAACCAAUAUCUAUGGGUCUCAAACUCGCAUUCAAGGACGUAUUCGAUAGGUUUGAAUCACUGAUCAAGUUAUCAUCUACGAAGUUACCAGACGGCCAAUAUGAAGUCCAAAAGAACUCAGUAUUUGAUCCCGCUCCCGAGUUCCUAAAGGAGGCGGAUGUGAACCACGUCCGCACUUUUUCACCACUAGAGUUAGUAGCCACUGGUAUUCUAAUAUCAUUCCAUAAAGACAGGCGAUCAGACGAUGUUCUUCUUUCAGACAUCAAAUCCCUACGUCGCUUUCUACGAUUGAAGCAUAAAGAUCUACGAGUCAACACUCAAUGCUGGGCCACGGCUUGGGAAUUCAUCUCUGAGCAUGUUCAUCGAAAUCCCAAUCCCCUGAAUAAUUUUGCACUUCGUUUACAAUCGCAUCGGGAAAAGAAUGGGACUGGUAUUCUUACAGAGGGGGGUAUGAGGAGGGCAAGAUCAAAUUCGGAUUCCAGUACGCUGUCGAGCUUAGAUUCGUUGUUUGAAGCCGAGGUUGAAGGGGGCCGAGAUGAUUCGAGUGAGGGCCCGGAGAGCAAUUCUUCCGUGGCUAGUUCGAGUAAGAGGGUUUCGGUUGAUUCUGCGGGUAAUGAGUCUUCUAAGAGACUGAAGAGGUAAUCUUGCAUUGUCGGCGCAAUGUUUCAUGCUGGUUGUUUCUUUGUGAAUCGGCUGACGGAAAUUCUGGUUGCUGCAUUUUUGGGAUCUGGUUUGCCGCAUUUGCUCACGGGUUAAAGAAUUUUCUAAUCAAUCUUUUACAUGAUGGGCAGAAUAGCAGUGUUUAUGCCGGCGCUAGGCUUCGUGUUUUGGGAACCUUGUUCGUGGCGGUUUACAGCAAUGCAUCAGGAAGGGUGUACAUGGUAGAAUUUCAGUUUGAUUAUUGUAUGAUAGAGAUAUAGAGCUUUGGUUAAUAAGGAUAAUACGUAAACAGUUUGAGC